UUCUCUGUAACUCUCCCCCCUCCCUCCCUUUUAUACCCACACCCCGGAUACAGCCAAGCGUGCACACACCGGCAGAUACACUCAAGCUGCUGCUUCACGCUCUGUAACGUUACUCCUCCUUACUUUCUUUUCCUGUGGAUUUGGCCUGCCAUUCGCGUGAAUAUCGUCAAAAUGUCUGACAAGCCUGAUAUGACUGAGAUUUCCCGUUUUGACAAGACAAAGCUGAAGAAGACUGAGACAAAAGAAAAAAAUCCUCUGCCCACAAAAGAAACCAUUGAACAAGAGAGGAAAGGAGAUGCCACACCUUGACUACUAAGCACAUGAAGAAAAGAAGAUGGGAUGCCACAGCAAAAUGCACUUUCUUUUAAUUAUCACACUGUUCUAAUAUCCUACUGUUGUUGUUCAAAAAAUGUGUUUUGAGCUCCUAGGGGUUUUAUCCUCACAUGGGGUGGGGGGCCUCUCUACCAUUUGAGAGAAAAGCAUUAGCUUGGUUGCCUGACUCACUCUGUUAGCAUGGAGCUAACAACUCACCAAUAUUGCCAAACUGGGGAGUGGUGUUGUGAUGUAGCACCAGGAGGCAGGCAACCAGACUAUGAAGUGCUGAAUGGAUCAAUGGUUUCUUAAAAUAAGGAGAGGCAUUUAAGUCAAACCAUUGAUGAUGUUUUCUUAAAUAAUUUUUUACUUUUCAUUUUGAAAUAAAUAUCAAGAUGUGGAACCUAAUGAUCAUGUUCAUUUUGUGGGUCUCCUGUUAAUAAAGAUACAAGAAUAUAACACUGCACCCUUUCUGGUCAGGCAAGCGCAGACCUACAUUUAAAACAGGUACAAAAUAUAUGAAUGUUUAAAUCAAACACACUCAUUGGUCACAUCUAAAGUAACAUUGACUAAAAUAAAAUUGUAUACAAGGGAUUAUUGGGUCUUCACAAGAUAAUUUUUUGACAGUACAGUGAGAUAACAAUUGCAAUUUGAAUCGAUUUUGGUAAAACUGCUCCCUUAUAUUGAAAAUCUUCGUGCAUUCCCUCCCUAAUUAUAGAUCAUGACCAGAUAGAGUGAUUAAAAUAGGUACAAAAUAAGCAAAAGUGAAUCUUCCAUCUUUUUGCUCAAAUUUUACAUUAAGUGGAUCGUUCCCCACAUGGAUAUUACGCAAAUGAUAAAGAAAAUUAGCUGAUGAUUUUGCUGUAUUUUGUGCUUAAUUCCUAGUAGUGAAACUUUUGAAUCAAUUUUAAACGUUUUCAACUGGUAAAACAUUUUUGUCUUUUAUCGCAGUAUCUCUCUGUGCUAUUUCAGAUCAUGUGAGGAUAAUUUAAGUGGAAUUUCAUCAAGUUUUGUUGCCAGGUGUUUUUCUUUUUAAUGGUCCCAAGUGCUAUUCAAAUCUGUUCUUUCCUUUUUUUAAUCACAGUCAAAGCAGCCAACAGAUAAAAUGCAGGGGACUUGUCCCCCAUGACCUCCAGGCCCACCACACCACCUUCCCUUAUUCUAUGAGGAAACCUAGGCUUUGGGAUAAAUGCAGUGUAUUAUUGUCGAUGACAGGAUCAGUGGCAUUGCUUGGUUCUCUUAGGGCUCCAGGCAAC